UUUACCAUUAGCUGGUUUGCCCCUCGCCAUAAAACGAAAAAGAAGAAGAAACUGCCGCUGUUAUUCAUACAAGGAUCUAUUAUAUCGCUGCAAACAGCCGCAUUCAGCCUCUCAUCCCCCUGCUCCUGUUUUCUGGACUGUUCUGCUGUGCUCCUGGGUAAAAGAGAAGCCGUUUUCCAUCAUCUCUUCCAGCAAAAGGAGCAGAGAGCAGUCUCAAAGAGACUACAGUGAAUGAGAGAGCCAGAGAGGGAGGAGCAGCUCGACCUCAGUAUGCCUCCCAAAUUCAAACGGCAUCUGAAUGAUGACGAGGUCACUGGCUCUGUUUGCAGUGAGAGGAGAACGCUACUGGAGGAAGACUCUGAUGAAGAGGAAGACUUUUUCCUGAGAGGACCGACAGGACCAAAGGGAGGAUUUGGUGCCCAAAAUCAUAAAAUUAAACUAGUGCAGUCUCAGGUUGAUGAAGUCAUUGACGUCAUGCAGGAGAACAUCUCCAAAGUGAUUGAACGAGGGGAACGUUUGGAAGACCUGCAGGACAAAUCUGAAAGCCUAUCGGACAAUGCUUCGGCAUUCAGCAGUAGAGCCAAGCAGAUCCACAGAAGGAUGUGGUGGAGAGAAAAGAAGAUGACAAUGAUCGUGGCGCUGGUGGUGGUCAUUCUCCUACUUCUCGUUAUCGUUCCUGUGAUCCUGCGGUAUCACUAGUGUCUGGAUGGGAGGUUAGAGGCAUCACGAACUCUUCCUCAUCAUUCUGCUAUCAUUCCUCCAUACCAGAGGGGCGCUGCACAGAAUUGGUCUGGCCACUGUGUUUGCCUAUUUUGGCAGGGUCUGAAAACAUAACAGAGUUAAUUUUGUGGGCAUCUCUCUGUGUGUGUGUGUGCGUAACAACACAACAUAUCAAACAUUCACAACAGUGGCACAACAUUGGUGCCGACCUUUCUCUUGUAUGCGCACAUACACAAACACAAGCCUCCACUGCGUUUAAAAUAAAACACAGUGGUUAUUUUGUUUUAUAUGCAGUCAAUAAGAUGAAAGGCAAAUAUUUAAGAAACCUUUACAUAGUGGAACAUGGAGACAAAAUUUUAGGCCUGCAUCCUGUUUUUUUUUUUUUAUGUCUUUUUUAUAGUCAGAAGCUUACACCAUGAUGUAUACAGUACAUUCAACUAUACAAACUUGUAAUUUAUUAUGAUUGAAGGUGCUAUAAGUUCCUCUUCCCUUAAAUAUAUUAAUGAAGUGUCCUGAUAUCUCAUCAGUCUCUGUGACAGCUGUAGGUUUUGUAAACAGCAAACAAAAAUGUGUCUGUGGACUGCGGAUAUUGACGCUUUUCACCUGUCAAUUAUUUUGCUCGUUCUCAUAGUGUUGUAUUUGAAGUGGAUCAUUGAGGCUGUGAUUCAUAAUGUUUGUCAGUUGAUGGCGCUAUUUUGCCACUUUUGAAUUUGACAGACACAGGAACAAACAAUGCUGCUAUUUUCCUCAUAUUGGUCUCAAAUUGUUCUUUGGAGGUGGUGUUUUGGAAUGAGGGGGCGUCACUAAUUCAACGGCUCAGACACGAGCUUCAGAAUGCUAAAAUCGCUUCCAGCACCUUUAAUGAUAUGAUAUUGAUGUAAUAUGAUAGAAUUAAUGAUAUGAAUCUUGAAAUAAAGUGAUUUUAAAGAUCAUCUGAUGUGAGUCA